GCCCGGCGGCGCCCGGGAAGGAAGGGAGAGCGACCCCCGCCCGCGCCCAGGACCACCCUGGAGGGAGAAGCCGCCCCGCAGCCGGCCGCCCGCCCUACCGCCGCGGAGACCCGAAGCCAUCUGGAGCCUAAGGCUGCCCCCCUGCAUCUCCUGCCACCACCCGUGGCCUGUGCACGUGCUGCCCUGCGUUGAUAGCCUAGGAAAGGAUCAUGCAGCUGGAGAUCAAAGUGGCCCUGAACUUCAUCAUCUCUUAUUUGUACAACAAGCUGCCCCGGCGCCGUGCAGACCUGUUCGGCGAGGAGCUAGAGCGACUCUUGAAAAAGAAGUAUGAGGGACACUGGUACCCUGACAAGCCGCUGAAGGGCUCUGGAUUCCGUUGUGUCCACAUUGGGGAGACAGUGGACCCCGUGGUGGAGCUGGCUGCCAAGCGGAGUGGCUUGGCAGUGGAGGACGUGCGGGCCAACGUGCCUGAGGAGCUGAGCGUCUGGAUUGACCCUUUCGAGGUGUCCUACCAGAUUGGCGAGAAGGGGGCUGUGAAAGUGCUGUACCUGGAUGACAGCGAGGGCUGUGGGGCCCCCGAGCUGGACAAGGAGAUUAAGAGCAGCUUCAACCCUGACGCCCAGGUCUUUGUGCCCAUCGGUAGCCAGGACAGCUCCCUAUCCAACUCCCCAUCACCAUCCUUCGGCCAGUCGCCCAGCCCCACUUUCAUUCCCCGCUCUGCCCAGCCCAUCACCUUCACCACCGCCUCCUUUGCUGCCACCAAGUUUGGCUCCACCAAGAUGAAGAAGGGUGGCGGGGCAGGGAGCGGUGGGGGCGUGGCCAGCGGUGGGGGAAGUGGCCAGCAGCCGCUGCAGCAGCAGCCUCGCCUGGCCCGCUCGCCCACCAACAGCCUGCUGAAACACAAGAGCCUCUCUUUGUCUGUGCAUUCUCUGAACUUCAUCGCCGCCAACCCUGCGCCGCAAUCCCAGCUCUCGCCCAACGCCAAGGAGUUCGUGUACAGCGGCAGUGGCUCACCCAGCCUCUUCUUUGAUGGGGCCGAUGGCCAGGGCAGUGGCACCUCAGCCCCCUUUGGAGGCAGCGGGGCCGGCACCUGCAACAGCAGCACCUUCGACAUGGCUCAGGUCUUUGGGGGUGGCACCAACAACCUCUUCCUGGAGAAGACGCCCUUCGUGGAAGGCCUCAGCUACAACCUGAACACCAUGCAGUAUCCCAGCCAGCCCUUCCAGCCUGUGGUGCUGGCCAACUGACCACCCAUCCACCCACAGGGCCAGGAGCACCCAAGACCACGGAAAAGAGAAAGGAAAGGAAA